UCAGCAGCCUGCACCAAGGCCGCCAGUGGAAGGGAGCAGUGGGUUUUGCUGUUUGAGAUGCAGGGACAGCGCACCUGGGAGAAAGCCUACCAGCAUCACCGGAGAAAGGUCCAGGAUGCCCAGCCCCUCGUGGACACUCGCGCCCCACUGAGCCUCAGCCACCUCCACCUGAAACUCAAGAAGCUGAAGCUCGAGGAGGAACAUCUCGCGGUCAUCGACAGGGAUAACCGCUUGCUGCUGGAGAGGGUGUCCUGCAUCAUGAGGACCAGGGGACAGAUGCACAUGAACUGAAACUGGGAUUUAGCAAGGCCACAUCCAAGCCCAAGCCCCAACAGCGAAGGAGGAGGGGAAGACUCAAAACGCAAAGUGGGAAAAGAAGGCAAAUCUGAGCGGUGUGGUGAGAGAAACUGCGAGGCAGCCACGGGCUCCCUGAAGCCACAACAGUGCUGGUCCUCGGGGCGCCGGCUCGGGAGGUCGGCCAGGCCCUCCUCACCGAUAUCACAUGGAGGACAGCUGCACGUGUGCAUAAGACAGCACUCCAGAACUGUGUGUGUUUACACAGUGUGCCUGACAGGCUGAUGCAACAGAACUAUUCUUUGUGCUUCCGGGCUGAUAACUAGAAACCAGUUAUGCAGAGAAGUAAUACUGGGAGCUAAAGGGCUUUGAAUUAGGUUUUUUCUCUGGCCUCUAACACUUACUCUGUCACCAUAUUUGUGCCGUUGUGUAUUUGUUUAUAAUUCUCAAGUGGAUUGUGUAAUUCACCUUAAAAACCUGUGAUUGUUACUUUAACAAAUAUCUAAAUAAAUCAGUUUA